AUGACCACUAAGGUUCCAGAAUUAAUCAAUCUCAAUGAUUCAGUUGCUUCUUUAACCGACUUCCUCAAAAAAAUCCCAGAAGAAAUACACACUUCUUUCGAUUACAAAAUCCCAAAUGGAAUUAUUUUGGAUGAAAUCAUUACUUAACUAAUCAAAAACCCUAAGAAAUAAGAAGAUCAAAAAAUUAUAUUCAAUGAUAUUGGAUAUCAAAAUAUACACACUAUUGAAUCUAUUCUAGGCAUUCAGUUCAAAGUUACAAAAGACAUUGAAGAAUUACUUAAUGAAUAAACAUAAAUCUAUAUGAAUCAAUUUAUGCUCACUAUCCCUUAAGAAAAAGAAUCCUAAAGUAACAGCAUUGUUAGUGUACAAAUCAAUGAAUUAGAAAAUACUAAACUAUUACAUUAAAAGGAUAUUAUUUAAUUAACUGGAUUAUAAUCGAAAUUGCAUAAACAAGAUGUUCGAUAAGAAUUAAUUGAAUAAUUACUUGAAUCUAAAAAGUUUAAUAUUCGCAUUACACAAUAGUCCAUUAAUUUAUUCAAUGAUUAGUUAAUGUUUAGAAAAUUAUUUUAACAAUUUCGCUAAUAAUUUGAAGAAUUUAUUUAUUGCAUUUUAAAAUUAGAAACCACUCUAACAUUUAGAACAUAAAAAUUAAAAUUAGAAUUACAAAUGAGUUAAAAUGAAAGAGAAAAACUACAAAUUAAAGAAAUUGAAAAGUUAAAAUCCCUCAUUAAAGAAAAAGAUGAUUAAUUAAAUGAUAUUACAAAUAAAAUCUAAUUUAAUGUGACUCACUAUCAAAAAUUAGAAGAAUAAAUUGCAGUUGCAAAACAAAACAUUUAAAAAUAACUAUUAUCUAUCAAACAAUAAAAAUAAGAAAAAGAAGAUAAAUAAAAAACUAGUUCUCCAUCUGCUAUGAGUGCUUCCAAAUCCAAUAUUUCAGAUUUAGAAAUCUUAAAAUAAUAAACAAGGAAAGUUAGCAAUUCUUAUGCACAUAGAAAUAGAUUUAAAACUGUUUUUUUCAAAAGAUGA